AAAAUUCAGCAUAUAUUUUUGAAAAUUCGAAAAAAAAUAAUAUAAAAAUUAAAAAAUUCUCCAAUUGGAAUUUCACCAUAUCGACCAUUCCAUUCCAUUUCCCCCCAUCCCUCAAAAAAAAAAUCCAUUUGCCCCCUUUGCCUUGCCUCCCGCGUUAUCCGAAAUACCUGGCGAAGCACACACCUCACUCCGUCGAGAACCCGAAGCAGAACUACACCGCACCAAUGGCAGCGCGCCUCGCCGUCCAGGCUCCGUCCGCGAGCCUGCCACGGGCCGGGAACACGUCCCCUGGCCCCAAGCCGCCGCCGAGCAACAGCGUGCAGCAGAAGCCAGCCGCCACCAGCCGCAGGCUAGCGGCGGCGUCGGCGGCUGCGCUCGUGGCGUCCCGGCUGCUGGCGCCCGCGGCGAGCAGCGCCGCCGCCGGCGCCGGCGCGUUCGACCUGCGCAUCACGCUGCCGGAGCAGUCCAGCGAGGAGGCCGAGGCGGUGGUGCGGGUCCACGCGCGGAACCUGCUGCGGGUGAAGCCGCUCGCCGACGCCGGGGCGUGGCGGGAGCUGCAGGCGGCGCUGCGCGCCAGCGCGUCCAACCUCAAGCAGGACCUCUACGCCAUCAUCCAGGCGAGGCCCGCGGGGCAGCGCCCCGACCUCCGCAGGCUCUACUCCGACCUCUUCAACAGCGUCACCAGCAUGGACUACGCGGCCAGAGACAAGGACGAGGUCCACGUGCAGGAAUACUACAGCAAGAUGGCCUCUGCCCUCGAGGAAAUUUUCGCCAAGAUCAUGUAGUUGCUCAUGCGUUUAUCUAGGAUAGACGGAGAAUGGAUUUUUUACCCUCUUCAAAAAGAAGAAGAAAAAUUAGGAACUCACAUUCGCAUGCAGGGAGCAACAAAUGGCGACCGGCAAAAAGGCUUUCAUUCUUGCAAUGUAGCUAGUUUUGUUUUUAAGGUACUAUUUAGCUACUAGUUCUUGUGAACUUCCUCUGCUACAUCUAUUUACCCUAGCAUCUUAAGGAGGAACACAGAAGAAUCAUAGUUAUUUACAGGUGCAGCAAGUCCAGAAAAACUGCAGGUCCUGAAACCCUCGCUGUUCAGCCACCAAUGUUCAAGGCACCGUUCCAUGGAUGUGAGCAAAAUGAAGUAGUAGUUCUCCAUACGUUCCAUGGAUCUACGGAUAAAAGUCUGAAAGUCUGCUUAUACUGAAACCUGCUGGCAGUGGCCUACCAUCCUCUUGGUUCCUCCUUCAAAUUGCUGCUUCCAAGAAUUUGAUCCUAAGAGGGAACCAUAAAUUGGGUGUCAAGAACCACACAAGUGUAUUAUGAAGUUCAAGAAAAUUAAUGAAAGAACCUGACAUACAAGCUAAAA